GCACCCCAUCGCCAACGCCCCCGCGGUUGCAGUUCUGCCCUCGUCGUGCUGAAUCACCGCGGCCGGUACACCCGCUUGACCGUCCGCUCCUUUACCUCUCUCGCCUCACUCCGCGCUCUGUCUGCUACGGCCGGAAGCCGCAGUCGCAUCAUCCGCAAACACGCCCUCCCAGCACCCUCCACACGUCGCAUCCAGCAGGAACCCGGUGCCGACGCUCCUUACUGUCUCCCCUAAUUCCCGACGCGCAAAAUGCCCGCCAUGAUGGUCGCCGCGCCCUACGAGAUACGGACGGGCGGUGACGGCAAGAGCAAGAAGCAGAGCAUGGCCGAAUUGAAGCUGCGCCGCCUCACCGAGCUCAACCAGCGUCUGCGGGAGGAUCUCGAGCGCCGCAGGAUACCGGUGUCAGAAGCAGCACUUGAUUUGAUCGCAUUCACGGACAAGGAGCCCAAGGACUGGAUGGUACCAUCACGAUGGGGAACGAUUGACAAGCGCGAGGACCCUUACGCCCCCCAGCAAAGUAACGGCUGCUGCAUCGUAAUGUAAACGAGAUGCACGCGUCAUGUCUGUCUGAGUAAACGGCGUUCUGCGGGGCCCUUUCAACACGGCAGAGUCUGUUUCAUUUUACCUUUUUUGGAGACGCGAGAGGUUGAUAAUACCCCAAGGGUGCGCUGCAUGACACUUACCUGGGACAUCUGAUGUGGACGACCGGACGUGUGUUACUUCCAGCAUUUGUGUAUAUUAGGGCAUGAGGGCGCCAUGCUAGCUGUAUCUCUCUAGACAGCGACGCAUGCAGCGCGGGCUUUGAGGUGGGCUUUUCUCUUCUUGUUUGCAUUCAGUCGGCCUCGGUCAGGUUAGGUUAUUCCCAAUUUCACGAGCUUAAAGCAG